CUUGCAGAAGGGCUCUACGAAUCGGGAUGGGACAGGGGCAUUGGUUGUGUCAACUGUUCUUUUUCGCUCUGCUGUGGUAUGCAAGAGACGAGAUGAUUGCCGUGUAUGGCGUCCUGGAGGGAAAAGAGUUGGAGAUGCGUAAUGGGAUCGGGAGGGGGAUGUGGGUGGGUAUAGGUGUUGGGCAUGGGUUCUGGGUGAUGGAGAUAUCCAAGGGUCCGGGUGAGGAAUUCAUGGAUGAUCCCGUCUAGAGAACCAGGUGGAGGGAUGGGAUCGAAAGGCGUGGUAGAUAUCUAGAUGCCAUCGUUAGAAUCGACGAGGAGGUGUAUUUUGACAGGA